UUCACAAAGGUACGACUAUAUCAAUGUUCCGUUCAAUUACUCUUGCAAGGCGUGGACUGACAGCUGCCUCGCAGGCUUCAUUCCAACCCAAAUUCACACGAACACCCCAAGCUUUCACUAUGUCCUCCUUCAGCAACACCGACACCGGCUCGAAGCCAGCUGACCCCUACACCGCGAAGAACAAGGAUGAGGUCUCCCUGAAGGAGAAGGUCGAGGACCUCUUCACGUUCAUCGACAAGACCAAGUUCUGCUUGUUCACUACACAUGCUGGAGACAGUGAUCUGCUUGCUAGCCGCGCUAUGGCUCUCGCCGCGAAGGAGGGCAACGGCUUCGAUCUUCUCUUCCACACCAACACCGAGUCUGGCAAGACCGACGACCUCAAGGAGGAUUCGUCCGUUAACAUUGGUUUUAUCAACCCCUCCGGCGAGUGGGCCUCCAUUUCAGGCCAUGCCUCGAUCGAGACCAACCGAGACAUCGUCAAGAAGCACUACUCGCCAGCUCUGAAGGCUUGGAUUGGUGAUCUCGGUGACGGCAAGCACGACGGUGGCCCAGAAGACCCUCGCAUCGGCAUCAUCAGGGUCAAGGCUAAGACUGCGCAAUACGCUGUCUCGAAAAAGACCGCCAUUGGUGGGUUUGUCGAGCUGGCUAAGGGUGUUGCGACUGGCGAGGCCCCCAACGUGAACAAGUUGAGGCAUCUCGAUGAGUCCGAGAUCGCUCAGUGGAAGUCACAGUAGAUGAGGAUUAACGACAUGACGACAUGAUGUUUAGAGGCAAGCUAAGCUUGUACGCACGCUGCUGCAAGGACUGAGUCGUCUCUCUAUGAUAAAUAAUCUACAAACAAUGAAUAAACAGUUUAAACAAAGAA